UUCUCUCUCACACAUCCCCUCUCUCUCACACACAUCCCCUUUCUCUCUCAUGCAUCCCCUUUCUGUCUCACGCAUCCCCUUUCUCUCUCUCACGCAUCCCCUUUCUCUCUCUCACGCUUCCAUCUGUCAACUAAGAGUAUCUACAAGACAAGACAUGAAAAAAAUUGUAUCUUAAAUAAUACAUCUGUCUUAUCCCCACCCCCCAAAACAUGCACUCCCUUUACCUACUAGCAUUGGCUUUGCUGAUAACUACCUUAUUGAGGAGAAAUGUACAUACUACGACUGUGAUAUGUGUUUGUCUCACCUAGCGGUCUUAAGAUGACUAAGUUGCUCUGGAUAAGAGCGUCAGCUAAAUGGUUAAAACAGAGGUGUCAAACAUUCCAUGGAGGGCCUAGUGUGCGGGGUUUUCCCUUUCAAUUAAGACCUAGACCACCAGGUGAGUGGAGCUUCUAGUCAGUGACAUUAAUUCAUCAAUCAAGUACAAGGGUGCAGUGAAAACCAGCAGACACUGCCCUUCGUGGAAUGAGUUUGACACAUGGACUAAAAUGUCAACAUUUAAAACUAUUAAUGGGGCUUCCCGAGUGGCGCAGGAUGUCAUACCCAUACACCAUACCCAAACCGUGAGUCCGCGUGCGCCAUCGUGGGCAAAUUGAUUUAGUCCCCCCCACACCAAAUACGAUCACGACACGCAGGUUGAAAUGUCUAAGCAAACUCUGAACCAAUUAUAUUAAUUUUGGGACAGGUCGAAAAGCAUUAAACAUUUAUGUCAAUUUAUCUAGCUAGCUUGCAGAUGCUAGCUAAUUUAUCCUAUAUAGCUAGCUUUUUUGCGAUCUAAUUUAUCCUGUGAUAUAAACAUUGAGCUGUUAUUUUACCUGAAAUGCACACGGUCCUCUACUCCGACAAUUAAUCCACACAUAAAACGGUAAUAGUUUCUAGUCAUCUCUCCUCCUUCCAGUCUUUUUCUUCUUUAGACUUAAUAUGGCGAUUAGCAAUGAACUUUCAUAAAGUGUAUUACCACCAUCGACCUCCAUUCAUCUAUCAGUUACCCAAGUGGGUAUAGCCAAUGAGGAGAUAGCACGUGGGCAAUUGCUUCUAAAAGCCAAUGAGGAGAUGAGAGAGGCAGGACUUGCAGCGCAUUCUGCGCCACAAAUGAAAGCAACUUCUAUUUUAGCGCCUGGCAACGCAGACGCACGUUGGCGCACGCGAGCAGUCUGGGUGCAAUGAUGGAAUAACAUGUAUGUGUAAAUGUAUUUUGUGUGCACGAGCAGUGUGGUCAACAUGUAAGGCACUGCAUCACAGUGCUAGACACGUCACUACAAAUCCGGGUUUGAUCCUGGGCUGUGUUGCAGCCGGCCGCAACCGGGGGACCCAUGAGGCGGCGCACAAUUGGCCCAGUGUCGUCUGGGUUAGGGGAGGGUUUUGCCGGCCGGGAUGUCCUUGUCCCAUUGCGCUCUAGUGACUCCUAGUGGCGGGCAGGUCCCGCCACAAGGUGUACGUUGUUUCCAGGUUAAGCGAGCAGUGUGUCAAGAAGCAUUGCGGCUUGGCAGGGUCGUGUUUUGGAGGACGCAUGGCACUUGACCUUUGCCUCUCCCAAGUCCGUACGGAAGUUGCAGCGAUGGGACAAGACUGUAACUACCAAUUGGAUAUUAUGAAAUUUGGGAGAAAAAGGGGUAAAAAAAUUAUGAAAAUAAAUGAUUAACAAAUACCAUAUACCUUGUAGAGGAGCUAUUAAUAAUUAAUUAAUUUAUGUGCAGUGAUUUUCCUUAACUAAGUACGGACUAUUUUCUCACUUCCUCUGAAAGACAAAGAAAAAUUAGCGUUGGUCAAUGGCGACCAAAAUGGCUUCAACAAUAAACCCAUGAUAACCAAUGGUGAUUUUUGAGGCCAGUGGGACCAAAGAAGCCCUGUUCAUGAUGCAGCAGACUGACAGUCACAGCAGGUCAUCUGUCCUGGCAGUCUUCAAAAAGAUUUGGGUGAUGGUCCUCUGUGUGACGUGUGUGCUGGCUGUCACACUGUCAGUUUUCCCUGCUGUCACAGUAAAAGUGAAGAGUGUGUAUGGAAACCAGGAAUGGGACCGAUACUUUCUCUGUAUCUGCUUCUUCAUCGUCUUUAACAUCAUGGACCUGAUUGGCCGCAGUGUCACCUCUAUGGUUCAGUGGCCCUCAAAGAGAAGCGGUCUGUUCCCUGUGCUCGUGGUCUCCCGUGUGGUCUUCAUCCCUCUCAUCAUGCUGUGCAACACUGACAACCGCCAGUACCUGCCAGUCCUGUUCUGCCAUGACAUUGCUUUCCUUGUUAUCAUGACAUUAUUCGCCUUAUCCAAUGGAUAUUUCAUCUGUCUCUGCAUGUCUUACGCACCUCCGUUGGUGAGGGCUAAAGACUGUGAGACAGCGGGGGCCUUGAUGACCUUCUUCUUGGCUCUGGGUCUGUCUCUAGGGGCAGCGCUCUCUUUCCUCCUGAGGAACCUGCUCUAGAGGCAACUGGCCCCUCACAAAUGUUUUAUGAAUAUUUAUGAUUUACUCACUGAAGGGAAAUAGAUGAGAAACAUCUUCCAUAAUGUCAAUGCAAAAUUAUAUGGAUAUUUAAAAUGAAAAGGUUAUUGUACACUGAACAAAAAUAUCAACGCAACAUGCAACAAUUUCAGAGUUACUGAGUUACAGUUCAUAUGAGGAAAUAAUUACGCCCUAAUCUAUAGAUUUCAUAUGACUGGGAAUACAGAUUUGCAUCAGUUGGUCACAGAUCCCUAAUAAAAAAAGUAAGUAAGGGCAUGGAUCAGAAAACCAGUCAGUAUCUAGUGACCACCAUUUCCUUCAUGUAGCGCAACACAUCUCCUUUGCAUAGAGUUGAUCAGGCUGUUGAUUGUGGCCUGUGGAAGGUUGUCCCAAUCUUCAAUGUGUGAAGUUGCUGGAUAUUGACAGGAACUGUAACAAGCUGUUGUACACGUCGAUUAAGAGCAUCCCAAGAAUGCUCAAUGGGUGACAUGUCUGGUGAGUAUGUAGGUGUUAUGAAUUUUAUGAAUAAUGGUUAAACAAUGUAUACUUUUAACUAUAACGAAUUGAAUUCUGCCCAGUUUUACUAUAUCUGAUUUAUAAUGUUAGUUCCUAAGAAAGAGGUUAUGUAGCAUGGAUAUUGGGUAAUUGGAAAUGAUAACCAUUGUGUAGGAAGGAAUGUGUGUGUGUGUCUUAAGUAAGCAAAGAGGGUCAUUAACCUAUGUUUGAACCGACUCAGCUAUAACUCUGUGGCGAUCAAAUAAGACAGCGAGAGCCCCUCCAGGUUUUUCGUAUCUGGAACUGUCUGCUAAGUAGUGAUAAAUUAUGGUGAGACUUCAGGAGUUAAUCCAUAUAUAGUGUGUGUCAUGAGUGUGCGCUAGUAGGUUAGAAUGAACUUUUGAACCUGCUUUAUCCUGGUCGAGAGGAGGAGAUACAUUUUAUAACCUAUGAUGUCAUAUGUGAUAUAAGCUGUUGUACAUGGUUCUAUGGGCAGCGCGCU